AUGGACACAGGGGGGCGGGGCUCCGGCUGUGACGCAAGCACGUUCGGAUACGUCGACGUUCGCCUGGGAAACAUGUCGGCGUCUGAGACAACGACAAAGGAGCACUCUGACAAAGAUGACUCAAAAACACCAAAAGAGUCGUUAGCUGGACCAAGUCAAGAAAAGAAAGAUAAUGCAGCGUCCACCAUGUCUGCUGCUGCUGCUGAACACACAGAGCCUGUGGGAAUGUCGUUGAUGUCGUCGUCUCAGCAGUCUGGAGAGGAUGGAGAGAAAAAGUCUUCUGCCUCGUCCACACCGAACAAAACCGCUGCAGGACACUCGGCGAAGUCGCUCUCAUCGGCGUCCUCCUCUACGUUGUCUUCCUCUCCUUCCACAUCUUCAACAUUGUCUCCAGGCCGGGCAAAGAUGAGCGUUUCUGGGCCCAGCAGCAGUAAAUCUGUCCUGCCUCCCGCUCCUUCAUCCUCCUCUUCCUCCUCUGCGACAGCUUCUUCUUUUUCUCCGUCUGUUUCCCCGGCGCCGCCCAAGAUCCACCGAGCUCGCAAGACCAUGAACAGGCCUCCACCGGCGCAGAUGAGUCACAUUGAGGCUCCUGUUGCUUCAGGAUCCUCCACCUUCCUGUCCUCUGACUCUGAAACAGCUGCGAAAAGGAGGAAACUGGGUCACCUGUCAGACGGCACACCUGAGAAGUCCGAAAACGUUCCAGACAACGCUCAAAACGCGGAUGGAAAGUUGUUCCAUAGAAAGGCGGACGCUGUCGCCAAAACCUCGUCACUGAAGAGCAGCAGCUUUGUGGGGGAAGCAGACGAGAAGAUUCACAUUUCUAGUCCAUCCACACGAGACGCGGAUAAGAGUUUGGAGUCAGAAAUGCUGAGAGCCGUCCACAGUCGAAACGAGAGCGAGGAGUCUUCAUGGCCGCCGUCAGAUCAGGACAAAGACAGAAACGCAGCAGAUGUGGUGGAAACGGUGGGAGGACAGCCUGCAGAAUACACGGAGGUCCCUUUGGGCGCUCUGGACAUCGCUGCUGCCGACAGUCUGACACUUUCUCCUCAUGAAGGCAGCGAUGCCGGAGACACCGAGCGUCUGGAGGAGCUUCCUCUGUGCAGCUGCAGGAUGGAGGCUCCUCGGGUGGACAGCAGCAGCCAGAGAACCAGCCGCCAGUGCAUGGCCACCGAGAGCAUCAACGGAGAGCUUCGGGCUUGCACCAACCGGACCACUAAAGGUGAAACCAUGCGUCCGUCCAGCCGGGUUCCCCUCAUGGUUCUCUGUGACGUCCAUCGAUCACACAUGGUCAAACACCACUGCUGCCCUGGUUGUGGAUACUUCUGCAUAGCGGGCACGUUUCUGGAGUGCUGCCCGGACCAGCGCAUCGCUCACCGUUUCCACCGGGGUUGCGUGACCGUUCUGGGCGGCGGUCGCAGCAGAGCGAACGGCGGCGGUCUGCUUUUCUGCCCCCACUGCGGCGAAGACGCCUCCGAGGCCCAGGAGGUCACCAUCCCCUCCUUCAGCUCAUCCACGGCCUCAGCAACCACCGUGGUCACCAUGUCGGCCUCCUCCACCACCACCCCGUCUCUGCCGCCUUCCGUCCCCACGGCGCCCUCGCUCACCGCCUCCACCGGGGGCAUGAAGGACGGGAAGAUGCCCGAGAGGCCUGUCAGUGCUCGAAUGCGUAGCCACGGUCUGGUGAAGCUCACCGUGGAGCAGCAGCAGCCUCCUCAGCCGGUAGCUUCAGCAGCGACGGCCGCCACCGUUCCCCCGGCAGAGGAGGGAGUGGACAGCGUGGGGCCGUCGCUCUGCAUGCCCAACGGGAAACCCAUCAGCCCCAGCGCACUUCCACCCGGUCCCAGCAGGGCGGCGCUGCAGAAAGCCAUCCUCACACAGGACACAGAAAGGAGGAAGAAGCUGAGGUUCCACCCUCGACAGCUUUACCCCGCCGCCAAGCAAGGAGAGGUGCAGAGAGUUCUGCUCAUGCUCAUGGAGGGAAUCGAUCCCACGUAUCAGCCCGACUCCCAGAACCGACGCUCUGCUCUUCAUGCUGCAGCUCAGAGAGGAUUGCUGGAGGUCUGCUACAUGCUGGUGCAGGCUGGAGCUCAGGUGGACGCCCAGGACAAAGACAUGAGGACUCCUCUGCUGGAAGCCAUCAUCAAUAAUCACAUAGAGGUGGCUCGCUACCUGAUCCAGAACGGAGCCUGCGUCUACCACAUUGAGGAGGACGGCUACACCGGCCUCCACCACGCAGCCAAACUGGGAAACCUGGAAAUCGUCGGCAUGCUUCUGGAGACGGGGCAGGUCGAUGUGAACGCGCAGGACAGCGGUGGCUGGACGCCGAUCAUCUGGGCUGCAGAGCACAAACAUGUUGAUGUGAUUAAAUCUCUGCUGAACAGAGGAGCUGACGUCAGCAUCAACGAUAAGUCCCGUCUCUCCCAUCAGGAGCUGAAUGUGUGUCUCCACUGGGCGGCGUAUGCUGGUAACGUUGACAUAGCAGAGCUGGUGUUGAACGCCGGCUGUUCCCUCGCCUCGGUUAACGUUCACGGAGACACGCCGCUCCACAUCGCUGCCAGAGAGGGCUACUUGGACUGCGUUACGUUGUUCCUGUCUAGAGGUGCAGAUAUAGACGUCAUGAACAGGGAGGGCGACACUCCUCUGACUUUGGCGCGAGCCGACACGCCGGUGUGGGUGUCGCUGCAGAUCAACAGGAAGCUGCGAAGGGGGAUAACCAAUCGAAUGCUUCGCACAGAAAGAAUCAUCUGCAGUGACAUCGCGCAGGGCUACGAGAACGUACCGAUUCCCUGCGUGAACGCCGUGGACGACGAGGGUUGUCCUUCAGACUACAAAUAUGUGUCGGAAAACUGCGAGACUUCAGCGAUGAACAUAGACCGCAACAUCACACAUUUACAGCACUGUAGCUGCACUGACGACUGCUCGUCCAGUAACUGCCUCUGUGGACAGCUGAGCAUCCGCUGCUGGUAUGACAAGGACCAGCGGCUGCUACAGGAGUUCAACAAAAUCGAACCUCCGCUCAUAUUUGAAUGCAACAUGGCGUGUUCUUGUUAUCGAACGUGCAAAAACAGGGUGGUUCAGGCCGGCAUCAAGGUUCGUCUGCAGCUCUACAGGACGGAGAAGAUGGGCUGGGGGGUUCGAGCUCUGCAGGACAUUCCUCAGGGAAGCUUCAUCUGCGAAUAUGUCGGGGAGUUGAUCUCGGACGCAGAAGCAGAUGUUAGAGAGGACGACUCCUACCUGUUUGACCUGGACAACAAGGAUGGUGAGGUGUAUUGUAUCGAUGCCCGUUACUACGGCAACAUCAGCCGCUUCAUCAACCACCUGUGCGAUCCGAACCUGAUCCCGGUCCGUGUGUUCAUGCUGCACCAGGACCUGCGGUUCCCUCGGAUCGCCUUCUUCAGCUCCAGAGACAUCCUCAGUGGACAAGAGCUCGGGUUCGACUAUGGAGACCGGUUUUGGGACAUUAAGAGCAAGUAUUUCACCUGUCAGUGUGGAUCAGAGAAGUGCAAGCACUCGGCCGAGGCCAUCGCCCUGGAGCAGAGCAGGCUGGCCCGGCUGGAGAUCUGCCCAGAAUCAGGAGCCGACUGUGGGAUGACCAUGAUGGGAAACUCUUAAAACACCCAUGAGGCCUUUGGAUGAACCUCUUCAGUUUUACAUGUGCACACUAGCAAACACAGGGGUUUGUCUUUCAGUCUGUGAUGUACGGUGCUGUUUUUUUGUACUUGAAAUGUCGUUUCUUUUUCCAAAAACUGUCAGCCAAUUUGCCACUUUAUCAUUUCCACUGUAGAGCAGGACAUGGGCCUUAACAUUUUAAUAAAGGGUUGGGGUUUGGGAGGAGUAUGCAGUAAUCUCACUGUAUCAGAUGAUAAACUUUGGCCUUCACACAUAAACCUUGUGCAUUAGGACUUUCUGUCUUCAUUGCCAUCAUAUAUCAGUCAUACAGUAUAUAUAAAUAUAUGUAUAUAUACAGACGUUUUUCUGUGGUGCCAACAAACUCGAGGACAUAGGACAGUAAUGGGUCAGACCUUCUCCCAUGCUGGACUCCAUAAGGACCUGAGUGAUAGCGUUGUUUUUUGUACGAUUGUUUUAGCUUUAUUUUCCGUAUUUUUUAUACAUAUCGUUUUCUCUGUCCUACGUAGUGUAAUAAAAUAACUCAUGAGUUGA